AUGAUCGGUCUUAGAAAGCUAGCACUUUUAGGUUUCGCCAUAUCGAGUUUUGCUUCGGCACGUUCAAUUAUCUUUCGAGAGGCAGAUAACUCCAAUCACAACUAUAACCGAUAUAUUGUUACUCUCAGAGAUGGAUUGGACGCUUCUGCCGUGGAACAGCAUAUACAGCGGGCAGCUAAUAUACAUGCCCUCAGCAGCUCGCCAGUAGUAGAAAUGGGAAGACGAUGGAACAUUGGAUCCUGGAACGCUUACUCCUGUACCAUGGAUGGAGACACACUCACCCAGAUUAGCAGCGAUGAUGCCGUGGAGUUGAUUGAAGAUAAUGGCACAAUCUCUCUGAUGAAGCACACGGUACAGACAGACGCUCCCUGGGGCUUAGCUGACCUCUCUCAUCGGAUAGCGAACCAUACGGACUAUGUUUACGACUCAAACGCCGGCGAAGGCACGUACGCAUAUAUACUUGACACUGGGUUGCUGACAACGCACGAGGAAUUUGAGGAUCGUGCUUAUUUGGGUUACAACGCUGUUGGUGGCAUAUUUGCAGAUGAUAUUGGUCAUGGGACGCACGUCGCCGGUAUUAUCGGAGGGAAAAAAUAUGGCGUCGCCAAAAAAGCAAAGCUUAUUUCAGUCAAAAUCUUCGCGAAUGCUAGGUCCUAUACUUCGGAUCUUCUCGAAGGAAUCCAUUGGGCUGUUCGCAACAUCACCGCCGAGAACCGUCAGAGUGUAUCAGUCAUCAAUAUCAGCGCAGGCGGGAAUACCAGAGAAGCUGUUAAUCGAGCAGUUGAGGAAGCAUAUAAACAAGGCGUGUUAACAAUCGUAGCUGCUGGUAAUUACAAUGAUGACGCCCGAAAUUAUUCACCAGCAUCUGCGCCAUCUGCCGUAACUGUCGGAUCUAUUAGAAGAGAUCACACACGCUCCCCUUUCAGCGACUGGGGUGAACUAGUCGAUAUCUUUUCACCAGGCGAGGAUAUCACGUCUGCGUGGAUUAGAACCAAUCAAGACACAAUCUCCCUCAACGGCACAAGCAUGGCUACGCCUCAUGUAUCUGGCCUCAUCCUAUAUUUAAAGAGCAUUAUCCCUUACCGAAUGAAAAACCCGGGCGACAGUGUCAAUGUUCUACGGGAGCUGGCAACGGACGGGGUUGUCGGGGAUCCUAAAGGCUCCAAGAAUUUACUAGCCUUUAAUGGCAACGGAGUAGUCAUCUUCACGGGCGAUUUAACGAAAAGUCUAGCCAAUAUGGAUGGCAUGUAG